AUAUUUUAAAUGCGUAUCUGAUUCAGUCGAUCUUGCUGUUGAUCCGUUUUUACGUAUCAUGGACACGGGUUCGGGGACCCAUAUGUCACCUAUGGUUCAUAUGGGACCAAUAUCUCCAGAAUCAUGGCCCGGUAAAAGAUUAAGCAUGUUCCCCGAAGCUGGAAUGAAGCGAACAGGAGUAUUUUCGUGCACAGCUGGAAGUGGAAGAAAUACAGAGAUAAUCCAGGCAAUAAAGAUUGGUACAAGUGGUGGAAUAUGGCCUGAGAAAUUCACUGUCACAGUCAACGUUGGUGAAAACGUUUACCUAAAGUUUCUAUCUCACGAUGAUAAACAAACAGUAUGGAGACACCACGGACAAGUGAUACCACAGGAAAGUGAUAUGGUCCAUUCCAUUUCAUCAAUAUCCAAAUCGCACGCUGGAAUAUACGAGUGUUACAGUGCUCCACGAGACAAACAUUCUAUUCAAUCUUACAGGCCGUCGGAUCAGGGCAUCAUGAGACUGAUAGUGCGAGAAUGUGCAGAAGGGAGAUGGAAUCCGCCCUAUUGUGGACGAACAUGCAAAUGCAAAAAUGGAGGUUUCUGUGAUGACAAAACAGGAGAAUGCGUUUGUCCACCCGGAUUUAAAGGAACCAACUGCGAAUCUGCUUGUGGUGGUAAUAGAUUUGGAGCAGAUUGUCAGUUUUCAUGUAAGCAAGGUGGAUCAAGCUAUGGAGAAGAUGCCGAAGAAUGUAAAUCAAGGCAAUUUUGCCUUCCAGACCCAUACGGUUGUUCAUGUGGUACAGGAUUUCAAGGAUUAGAGUGCAGCGAAGGAUGUACAUUGGGAUCAUACGGUGCCGAUUGCAAGCAGGAAUGCCACUGCAAACGUCCAGAUUUGUGCAAUCGUUUUACCGGAUCAUGUACCAUGGGAUGCGCAGCAGGAUGGAUGGGGCCUUCGUGCCAGGAAGAAUGCGAGCCUGGCGCAUGGGGUGAAAAUUGCGAACAAAAAUGUCAUUGUGAUGGAGAUGUUCCAUGUGAUAAAGUUAAUGGAAAAUGUCCUGGAGGACAAUGUGCACAUCCGUUCACAGGGAGAAGCUGCCAGACAGAUGUCAUAGACGAAUGUGAAUCCAACCCAUGCCAACAUGGAGGAACUUGUACGGACCGCGUUUUGUUAUAUGAGUGCACAUGUGUGAACGGUACCACCGGAAAAAGCUGUGAAAUAGAUAUUGAUGAUUGUCAAAGUUCUCCUUGCAAAAAUGGUGGAUCAUGCAUAGACGACGGCAUUUUAAAGUUUAAAUGCGAAUGCCAGCCUGGAUUUAUAGGGAGAAUAUGUGAAACAGAUAUUGACGAUUGUCAAUCUAAUCGUUGUGACAAUGGAGCUACAUGUGUUGAUAAAAUUGACGAUUACAGUUGUAGUUGCAAAUCAGGUUACAUUGGAAAAUAUUGCGAAGAAAUAUGUCCUCCAGGAAGUUAUUAUGAUGACAAAUUUGUUGCAUGCUCGCUUUGUGACAUAACGUCGUAUCAGGACAAACCGGGACAAGCAUUCUGCAUUCCUUGUCCAAUGGGAACGGAAACACAACAGAACGGAACAACAUCUGUAUCUGAAUGUCUUGCUGACAAUAUAUUACAGGUGAACGCAUCUGUGGACAGUUUAAUUUUUAUAAUAGUUGGAAUAGUCGGAGCAUUGAUCGUGGUGGGCGCAGGAGUUUUAAUAUGGUAUUAUGGUUACCAUAAAAAGAAAAAUAGAUUAGAAAGAGUAACAAUACGACGAGCUUGGUGAAUUUACAAGGCAAAUAAUCGUUUGUAGACGUAAAGUGUGGACUGAGUGUAACUUGUUCGCAAUGCUCGGAUUUCAAUAUUGAUUCGAAAACUAAUUGAGUUACAUUUGAAACAAUUGGAUUAUUACAUGGUUGGAUUUACAUGCAAACUUGGACUGUUCAGUUAUCUUAGUUAAAACAAAUGUCGCAAUUAUUGGUACUUGGAAAAACUCAGACUAAAUAUCAUAGAAUCGUUUGUAGACGUUAAGUGUGGACUAAGUGUAAAAUGGUUGAAACCUGUUCGCAAGGCUCAGAUUUCAAUAUUAAUUCGCGAACUAAUUGAGUUACAUUUGAAACAAGUGGAUUAUUUGGAUUUACAUGAAAACUUGGACUGUUCAGUUAUCUUAGUUUGAACGAAUUUUGCAAUUAUUGGUACUUGGAAAAACUCAGACUAAAUAUC